AUGUCUAACUUCGACCCAAAUGCGAUCCUCCGUGGAGCGCAACUCACCGUCGUAGGCGCCCACCGAGCUUUGCAAAACCCAGAGCUUUUUACCACGGCACACUACCAUCAAGCCGCCGUUGCUGUCUGCGCAGGCCUCGCUAUCCGAAUAAUUCUCAAUAUCCCAAUUUAUAUGGUCAAAAUUCUCGUCUGGAUAAUAUCGUUAUUCGUCAAUCUCGACCACGAGACGUGGGACGACAAACUCAUAUCAGGCUUGGACUUCAUCUCGAAAUCCGUGCUCCAGGUUCCGUUCUUUCUGAUGAUGGUCAUGGGCUCUGUAACCCCGACGCUGGACAACCUGUUCAUGGAGUCCUUGAAGUGGGUGGACACCACAUACGUGCAGAAGCACAAAUCCGACGACCCGGCCACACUGCGGGGAAUGUAUUACCCAGCGCUCAAGAUGUAUCCAACGCACGGCGACAAGGAGAAGAAGGAAAAGCGAUCACUCAUUGAUGGAGUCAUUCUCUUUCUUGCCAAAUAUGGCCGACGAGCUGCAAUCUCUCUGGCCAUCUACGCACUCACCUUCCUCCCUGGGAUUGGCCGCUUCGUUCUCCCCACCGCCUCAUUCUAUACAUUCAACAAAGCCGUUGGACCUGUGCCUGCCGGCAUUGUCUUCGCAGUUGGCCUCAUCGUCCCAAAACAAUACAUGGUCCACUUCCUCCAAACUUAUUUCUCGAGCCGGAGUCUCAUGUCCCGCUUGUUGGAGCCCUACUUCCACCGCAUCCGCUUCACGAAGCAGCAGAAGAAGAUUUGGUUCAUCGACCGCAGCGGCGUCUUGUUUGGCUUCUCCGCGGCUUUCACAGUCAUGGUAAAAGUGCCCCUACUGGGCGUGCUGAUAUAUGGCAUUGCGGAAGCGAGUACCGCGUAUUUAAUCACCAAGGUCACGGAGCCACCACCGCCACCAGGACCGAGUAGUCAAGAAUACAUCGAGAGUGAGGUGAGGUGGAAGAAUAAGCAUUUGUUCUUGAAUUUGCCCUUGGAUCGGUUGGAUGAGCUCAACGCGCGCAUGACGGGGGCAGAGAAGGUCGGGAGAGUGGAGGGUACGGAGAUCCCCAGGAGGAAGUUUACAUGA